GCAGGCCGGGCAGAAGAGCAGCAUCGCGGGUUCCGCCGCGCCCCCCGCCCCUUCCGGCGAUGGCGGCGGCGGAGGAGCCGGCGGAGGGGCCGGCGGAGGAGCUGACCCAGGAGCUGGCCCAGGAGCUGGCCCACGCCGAGGUGCUGGAGCUGUUCCAGGCGGCGCUGGCGCGGCUGGUGCAGGACCCGCUGCUCUGCGACCUCCCGCCGCAGGUGACGGCGGAGGAGAUCGGCUCGCAGGUGGCCCUGGAGUACGGGCAGGCCAUGACCGUGCGGGUCUGCAAGGCGGACGGCGAGACCGUGCCCGUGGUGGUGGUGCAGAACGCCUCGGUGCUGGAGCUGAAGAAGGCGCUGCGGAGGCACUUCCAGCUGCGGCAGGCGCGGCAGGGCGGUGUCCAGCACCUCAGCUGGAAGUACAUAUGGAGGACGUACCACUUGACCUACGCUGGAGAGAAGCUGGCGGAUGACAGAAAGAAGCUUCGAGAGUAUGGCAUCAGAAACAGGGAUGAGGUCAGCUUCAUAAAGAAGCUUCGGAAGUGACCUGUUGGAGAGAGAGCAGACAAACCAGCCCUACCAAGACCAGACUGUGGAUUCAGCACUUUCCUGGAGAAGAAGGUUUAACACUCCGAAGAGGAGCAAAUUCCAUUGACUGGACAUUCUCACAUGUUUUUUGUGGUUGUUGUUUGUAUGUGGAACGCAAUUCCAGGGAUUAAAGAGACCCUCUAGUUUUCUGAA